UCAAAGACUAAUGCCACAUUGCCUACAUUAAUAUCAUAUACUGUAUAAACAGGCAACAGAGAAAUGCCACUGCGUAUACUUUUAUACCAUCAGGAGUACAAGCCACCCUGCAUACCUUAAUACCAUGGACAAUUUUUUAAUAUCUAUACCAGUAUAUAUUGGUAUAUAUGGAUUCUCAUUAUUUAAUGCAGCACAUGUUUUAAACAUAUUAACUGAUCAUGAUAAUUAGACGGAGGUCCCAAUGCAAUACGAUAAUGGUGAAGCAAUAAACUCCCUUACAAGAUUAUCACCAAAGAGCACUUGUUUAGAAUAAUCUGUCAGUAUUGAAGAGGCCAUCUUGGAAAUAUUGGAGCGGUGUGUAGCGGCAGUGUAAAGUGAAGGUCUGGAUCGAUAGAUGUUUUAGUGAAACGAAGUAGCAGUGGAUUGUCAUCGCCAGCUCUGUGUUAACGUUAACCUGCAGCUUGGAUGCCGGGCUCUGAAACAAGAAUAAUAGUGGCGCAUAUUGGUAUAUAAUAUAAGAUGGCUUUGGGGUGAACGUAGCGUCAAGGUGAAGCAUACAUCGCGAGUCUACUGUCAUAUACGUCACCGAUGCUGAACUGGAAACAAUUACACGAGGAUAACACUGUACCGAGAAGUAGAGUGAUAUGGCAGCUGAUAUCAAGCCAACAAUACAACAUGUCUCUGAGCUACAAACUAGUAACGAUUUUACUCUAAGUAAUGUCACUGUAACAACAAAUGAUGUCACGUCAUUUACUAGCGAUGUUUCUCAGUUUGGCGGUAACAGCAAUUGGAAAUCAGUAGCCACUGAUUUGUCUACAUUGGCUGUCCCGUCCGAUACCAAUUCACCUACAGAGCAGGUCCCUGUCGUACCGUUAGAUAUACAAUGGUACAAUAUAGAGGAAUAUGUAACGUUUGAGACAGUUAGACUUUUAUGGUUCUAUGCAUCCCCAACGUUGAUAGUUUUUGGAAGCUUGGGGAACUUUCUCUCCAUCGUCGUAUUCCAAAGUUCUACCCUGAAAAGUACAAGUACAGGCUUGUAUCUUACAGUGUUAGCUAUAAUGGAUAUAUUAGUUCUAUAUACCAAAGUCAUGCAUGUCUGGAUGUUGACUCUGCAUGGAUGGAGUUACGCGUCUACGAGGAGAUGGAUUUGCAAGCUGUUUAUUUUCAGCAGCAGUUUUUCUACUCAAAUGUCAUCGUGGUUAUUGGUGAUCAUAUUGGUUGAACGAGCCAUUAUUGUCUGUAAGCCUCUCAAGUCAACUCGUAUAUGCACUAUGCAAAAUGCUGCCAUAACUCUUGGUGGCUUUAUUGUUACUUUCACUGGAAUUAACCUCCAUUCUCUAUGGACACAAUGUAACUCUACUCAGGCUUUUAACAAAUCCUCACAUUCCACUAGACAAGCGUCCUAUUUAGCACUCAAUAGAGACAAUUGGCCAUGGGUACAUAUUUUUAUAUCAUAUAUAAUUCCAUGUCUUGUUGUAUUUUUCACGUGCCUUGUUGUGUUUUUCAAAUAUUCCCGCUCUCGUCACCAACGUAAAGAUACUAUGCUUAUGGCUAUCUCAAAACUGAAACCUAACAGGACAACAACACUAACUGGAAUGUUGUUAGUUAUUGGCUUUCUCUUUGUUAUAUUCGCCUUACCAUGCGCCAUAUAUUUUCUUUAUGCUAAGACGUUUACUCCACAAAACCAUAAUUUUUUCAGAUCUGACAAAAAUGCACUUGCACACUCCUGUCUCUUGUUGAUAGUGUAUGCUUAUCACUCUACAAAGGUUAUCUUCUACUAUGCAACUGCCACAAAAUUUAAACGAGAAGUAUUAAAACUUCUUCGUUUAAGAAAAUCAAAACCAUACGUAAAUAAUCAUAUAAGACCUAAGGUUAAAUACAUAUCUGAGUAUGGGAGGAGAAGUGACAAUAAACAAACACUGAAUGUCCCACAAUUGUCUGUUGGAAAUCGUACCAAUUCGAACAUUGCGAUUUCUGAAAUGGAAGCUACUUCAUGUACCGCAACGACACCUAUCGAUCCCCCUCAAAGCUGUAAUGAAGGUAAUGAGAGUACUCAACCCAUUCCAUCUUCAUCGACAAAUUGGAUGUAAGGACAAGAAAAUAACGUGUCUUAUUAAUUUUAAUGUAUUUGUUCGUAUAUGCACUACAACUAUUGAGGGUACAGAAUGGGAGUGUGGGAAUAUAUACAGAAGAACGUUUGAAAUCCAGUUUUCCCUUAAAAUGGGAUUCGCACUUGUUAUCAUAUACUUGUUAUCACCUGAGAAUUAUCCAACAGUGUUCUAACUCACAUUUAUUUGUCAUCUUGUGAAAACUGAAUUUAUAAUUCCAACUUAUUUCACAAAGCACCAUCACCAAAAGAGUUUUUUACAAUAAAUGAGUGUUGGUCUCUUCAUCAGCAUAAUUGUGAAAAACAGUUUUGACAUUUUGAAGAAGAAGUGAAAUGCAUUAACUUAAUUACAAUAUAGUAUUAAUCUAUCAUCAAAUACUUGAUAAAUGGUCGGUCAACUCCCGAGCGUCUAUUCUUAUUGAAAUAUCAGAACUUGUUUCCAAAGAUCACAUUUUAACCUUUAAGUUGCUCUUACACAUCUUCGCACACUCGGUUUAACACAGUGGCAUGGAGUUUUCAAAGUUGUUAAGGAUCCGUUUCGGUCCCUUCCAAGUGAACAUUCUAUGGCACUGGAUUUGUUCUACGGAAUAUAACUGAUCAUUUCAGUAAAAAUGCUGACUUUAGCCAAGUAAACUCAUUUGAAUACAUUCGCCAAAACGUAAAAACAGA